GAUGUGAGCGCUGUCAUGGAGGAGGCGUGUGACGAGUGCGGCAUCUAUGCAGAUCUGAACGUGACCUUCUACGGGAACGAUACCAAAAAUGUCACACGCAUCAACAAGUUCUAUUUUUAUCAGGGUACCCAAUUGGCAAUAUUGUGGGUACUGCUGGUGGCGAUCGUGGCCGGCAACGCGACAGUGGUGCUGGCGCUGUUCCUCACCAAAUCCAGGAAGAGCAGGAUGAACUUCUUCAUCAUGCAACUUGCGAUAGCAGAUUUGUGGGUCGGCCUAAUAAGCGUCCUACCAGAUUUAAUCCACCGUAUAACGAUAUCCUGGUACGCUGGAUCAAUAAUGUGCAAACUGAUGAAAUAUUUACAGGGUGUAGUUACAUAUUCAUCUACAUACGUCCUGGUUGCGCUGAGCGUCGACCGGUGUGACGCAAUCACACAUCCAAUGAGGUUUACGGGGAGUUGGCGACGUGCGCGGGCACUAAUAGUGGGCGCGUGGAUCCUGAGCUUUCUCUUUUGUAUGCCCAUGUUAAUUUUGUUUGACGAAGCUAAUAUUCAGGGUACUCCCCAGUGUUGGUCGAGUAUGAACCAACUGCAGUGGCAGAUAUGGAUGACGACUGUAUUUGUGUCACUAUUUGUCGCUCCUGCGCUGACGAUAUCUGCCUGCUACGGAGUCAUACUGGUCAAGAUACAGCAGAAGAGUAGACAAGUUCUCAGCAAGAGGGCGGCUGCUAGACAAAGUAGUGAUGAUUUAGAUAGUCGAAGAGCGAGCAGUCGAGGUAUCAUACCGAAAGCUAAAAUUAAAACAGUCAAGAUGACUUUCGUAAUUGUAUUUGUGUUCGUCCUCUGCUGGUCUCCGUAUAUGAUCUUCGACUUGCUGCAAGUGUACGGAUACGUACCCAACACGCAAGUAAACAUAGCUAUCGCCUCGCUCAUACAGAGUUUAGCACCUCUGAACUCCGCUGCGAAUCCUGUCAUAUACUUCAUCUUCUCUAAUAGAAUAUUCAUUAGUCUACGGAACAUCCCACCAUACAAAUGGUUGUGGUGCAUAAAGAAGGACGACGCCUCAGCAGCUAACGAGUCGCGAGCUCACACGGAAAUGCUGACGUCAUCGCAUCGGCGGACCAGACACGAUCUUACAAUACGAAUCAAAGACAACAGCAUAAAGAAUCAAAGACAACGCUUACAUCAGUACAACGGCAGCUCCCGGAAGGUGCGGUUGAACCUGCCCAAGAACCAGUUACAAACCAACAACAACUGUCAUCCCGACACGCACAGAAGACCUGCUGAUACGUUUUUGUAAUUAAGUAAAAUCUCACAUAAGUUACAUUAAGUAUUAUAGUUAUUUAAACUUAACACAUUCGCUGUGGUACGAGGUCAAUUGACCUCGUGCUUCUAGCGUAUUCAAGGGUUACGAGGUCGAUGGACCUCGUAACGGACCACAUAAAGUUCUAGCAUAAUGUCAAAAAACCUCGUACCGCACCAGAGAAAAGUACAGAAAAAUCAGUGCCGCAGCGAACGUGUUAAUACAGACACAUUUUGUUUUAUGUUUCUAUUGUUCCGAUUAGUGUCAGCGCACACAAGGCGUUAUCGAUCUCACCGGAAAAAAUGUUUUAAUAAAACUGGAAAUACUGGUGUAGGUGUACACAAGGCGCCUUGUGUCCAUGAAUCUGAAGCGUGGUAAGCCUUCUUCUUCCAGUGCUUUUCUUCUACUGAAAGACGAAGAUAGCUUCUUAAAUUACUCCUUGUCUAUGGCCAGGCGGAAAUGAUCACUAAUUGUUCUAUAGUCCACUGAUUAACUAUAAUUAUUUGCUUGUAAUUAUAACGGCAACCCUUUAGACGGGAAUGCAGUCAUUAUUUCCUAACUUAUUAUUAUAGGAUAUAAUUUAUGUCAUGGAGUCAUAAAUACUCGUAUAAUGAGGGCACUUCUUGUUUAGUUUUUCAUCAUAAUGCUUAAUCUUUGAAGCAAUUAAAUCGGCGUCAUUAAUGACGUUUGUAAACGCGAGUUCCCUAUUGGUCCCGCGUAGUGUACAAGGACUCUUAGCGCCAAAGUCCGGUAUACAAAGUUGGCAAUGCCCGGGCAAAGUGACUUCACAGAAGCCUGGCUGAGUUUUCAAAUUUCAAUUACUUAUUUUAUUAACAAACUUCGCUCUUUGAAAACUGUAGAACGAGCGGCGCGCCGAGGUAUUUGUUUAUUAAGCAAAAUAACGGCUAGGGAGGUCAAAGAUUAUUAAUAAAUCUUUUGGUCGCCGUCACUCGACAUUCCUCUUAGUGUUCUUUAUAAAAUAGAAGUUUACGUGUUUAGAACAUUGUUAUUAAACAAGUAAUUAAUAGGUAAAUGGUCCGUCUGCAACAAAUAUAAACAGACUAUAGUCCCUAAGUGGACUAAAACGUUAAUAGCUCAAAGGUUAAGAAGGCCGGACUUAUCACCGUGAGGUUGUGUUGUGUGUCGCUGGACUAUUACGUACGUACGUGCGUACGAUAAUACCUAUAAUACGUAACACCAACGAAAUUUAAAACUAAACUGAAGGCACUAGCGCAUCAAAACUAAGGCGGAUAAAUGUGCUUACUUGUCAUAAUUUCAUUUAGUCGCUUAUUAAACGACGAAAAUUAUAUAAAUAAAUAAUACCUACCUAAAUAUUUUCUACAACGUUGAGUUGUGUGUUCUGGAACUGUAAUAGUUGUAUACACAUAUAAACAAUGGAAUUAAACACAAAAUGUGCAUGUGUGCGCUCAGUGGAGUAUAUAAAUUCGGAUAGCAUUUUGCGGUGAUUGUGUAGGCACGUAACCUAUCUAUAGCAUAUAAAAUAACGUUGCCUCUAGUCUUUCCCGACUAGAUCAAUAUAAAUGGGAAUAUUGGUCAUAUAUAAAUUACACGGCAAAUAUUCUUUAAAAAGAAAAUUCUCUUCCUGUUAGGAUUACCCUAGUCGGUAUAAAUACUUCACAACUUUUAGUAGGGAGCCGAAGAGGGGAUUUUUGCAGUUACUCGAGCACGGCAGAUAAACAUAAGGGACUAUACCUUGCACGUUGUUGAGUACCUCCACCAAGUAUGAGCCCUUGAGUAGGUGGGUACGUUUAGGGCAAUCUAAAAAAAAACUAACUUCAGAAAUACCCAACCAGCACGUCAGAUUAAGAUAAGGUUGAUAGCUUAAAUCUGCACAUUUCGAAAAUCUGACGAUUUGAGCGUAACUUAAUAGAAUGCGAGGGUUUCAAAGUUACAAAAUAAAACCCUUAUAAGUAUUCGAGUUACGAGCGCGAUUAAUUGUUUACUUAUUUUUAACGAAAUAACCUCCUAAUAGAUCGCUACUAAAAUUUUCUGACAAUUUUAGUAGCGAUCUGAAAUCGAAAUGAAAAUUGCUUUUUAAGUCUGUAGUUUUUUUUCCACCGCUAAAAGUGCAAAAAGUAAAUAACCAUUUAUUCUUCCUAUAAUUUAAUCUACCAAAUGCAAUCAGUCCCCAUAACGCUCGAGUAACUGCAUAUAUAGCAUCCCGGACUCUCCUACUAUUUCGCAAAGGAUUGUCAAAUAUUCGUAAAUUAGUUUGUAUUCAACCUUAAUUAAAUAGCUGAAGCAAUGAACGUUAUUCUCCCCUUUGCGUCGUAAGUCAGUGGCUUUGAGAUAAAUAAAAAACCGCUCGGAUGGGUUUAUAGUGUCGUUAAAUGACACCGCUAGUGACUUGACUCCAUAAAAGACCGACUUGUAAGGGAAUUAUUUUUGGAGUUUACACCUUAAGAUUCGAUUUUUUUUUUAUUCUUUACAAGUUAGCUCUUGACUACAAUCUCACGUGAUGGUAAGUGAUGAUGCAGUCUAAGAUGGAAGCGGGCUAACUGGUUAGGAGGAGGAUGAAAAUUCACACUCCAUUCGGUUUCUACUCGGCAUCGCACCGGAACGCUAAAUCGCAUUGCGGUACGUCUUUACCGGUAGGGUGGUAGCCACGGCCGAGGCCUCCCACCAAACAGACUGGACCAAAAAUCUCAAUCUGCCCAGCCGGGGAUCGAACCCAGGAUCUACGUUUUGUAAAUCCACCGCGCAUACCACUGCGCCACGGAGGCCGUCAAUUUUCAUAUAUAGCCCCCGGUAUGAAAAAAAUAUGGCCAGUAAAAUUCGAUGAAUGAAUGACAGCGUUACGUUUUUUGUGCGCAAUCUAUUCUGCGCACCUUUCACCAUGCGCUACUGCCAACAGCGUUCACAUUUGCACGCUGGCGGACACGCCACGACCUGCUGCUAAUCGGUAGCGCACCUUCCACUUUUCAGGCGUAAGUAUUGAGACGUACCUACAUAGUGUAUGCUGUGGGGCAACAUACACCCAUUUAGACAGUCGAUCUGAAAGAGAAAAACUCCAUUUGUGCAUCACACAUUUUUUUUUCUGUUUAUAAGUCUAGUUCAGAACUUAAUUCUGUCAAGAAAAUGAUUUUUCAAUAUACGAAUAAGAUCGUUGUACGUAUAUAGAUUAUAAUAAAACAACCUCUUUUUUAAGUUGGUUAAUAAUAAGUAAGAAAUCAAUGACACCUGCCAUCCGUCUGGAGUGACAUAUUUUUUUCAAACAAAUAAAUAAAAUUAAAAUAAUUUAAAUAUAUACGCUACAAAUAAGCCAAAUCAAAUAGAAACAGUAAAAUGAAUUUGAAGAACAUAAUAAACCAUAGAAA